AUGGAGGACGCAAUUCAACAGCUUCGCGACAGAUUCGAGUGUAUGUCCACGGACCUCUUCAUAGUUGAGCAACGACUCGACCAGGAGUUUGCUCUCAUCUACGGCCCCGAACGGCAUCCCCGCCACUUGCUCCAGAGGCUGGCGAAAGUGCAGAAAGAUAUUCAGACGCUCUCCGACCAAUUCCAGGCACGUGCUAUCUUGAAGGGAACUGAGUUGCUGUUUACAGCGAAAUCACAGCUUGCGGACACGCUCCGCCAGCAACUCCGCGCCUAUGAACUUCUCGGCGCUCUUCAGGAGGCCGCGGGAGGCGCGGCGCCUGAGCAAGACAUUCGCUGUGAACAGAUUUACCAAGAAGGCGAGGAGCUGCUGAGACGAUGGAUGAAGACGGACCAACGCGCCAUGCAAUUUCCCGAGUUGGUCUCUGACGAGAAAGGACUUGACAGAAGUGACGUGGGCGCCACUCCCCAGGGAAGCGCAGCUCCUCCGGACACCAGCGCUGACGGCGUCCCGGCGAGAAACAUUGACCAAGUCUCCGGCAUUUCGUCUGUGGCUGCUCAAGAGACGGCUGGCCCGGGCGCCUCUUCGGCGGCCGAGACGUCUGCUGCUGCGCCUUCUGCGGGUGGAGCUCGGAGCCGAGUUUUCCCCGAUUUCGGGCCUCCGAGAGACAGCGCGAUCCCCGACGGCGAGAGAGGGAGCGCCGAGCAACACAAGCAACAGAACAGAGGCCCCAGCGAGGAGCCGGAAGACGAAGCAUGCGUCUGUGGCUACUCACCAAUUCCUGCUUCUGUGUUUGAACGAGUACCUGCGUUGACGCGUCGAAGGGCGCGGCUCGGCGACGUCAACGCGCUCUUCCACUGUCUCCACCACAUGCGCUACGAGAAAGGCAAAGAAGGCACUUCCACGACAAUCAAAGAGCUGAACCAAAUGAAUUUCAGGGUCGUCGGCCAAACAGGCGAAGCUAAGCUGUCCACGCUGCGCUACCUGCGUCUCGUCGAUGUCAAUGCGAGAACUGGGAGCGUUCGACUCCUAGUGCCCCAGAAGACGCGGGCGCCGCCUGACGGACGUGGAAAUCGGCUGGGACCGUCUGCGCGAACUGCGAACCAGUCCUCGUCUUCGCUUCGGACCAGGUCUCAAGCGGGACUGUCGACCGGUGCUGCGAGAGCCGCGGCGAGAGGUGGUGGUCGGCGAGAGUUCGGAAGAGAGAAAGGAGAGACGCGGCACAAAACCGUUUCCCGACGGGUUCUCGGGAAAGGACCGGACUCGAUGCAUCUGGGGAGCGCAGAGAGAGCGAGAAAGAAGGACGAAGGACCGCUCUAG